GGAGCUGUUCUUCCUUGUUUUUGUCUGUCUUGCAGCUUAAGCAAGUCAGAAAAAAUGUGUGAGUCUCUGCUUGAGCACAAGUUGCCCUUGUUCUCCUUUUCGAAUCAAGUGUCACAUUGACUCCAAUCCUGUGUUGGAAGCAUGUGGGGAACUGCAGCACCUCAGCUCAGCACAAUGUCUCCAUCAGGCUGGAAGGAAGCCCAAAACCAAAACUGCACUGGCCAAAAUGCAUCCUCUACAGAAACCCCAAGUACCUCCUAAACCUGUCCAUCUCAAACCUGGGCAGGAAAGAAUUCCUCCUGCACCAUCUCGGCCUUUGCCAGCUGAUCCCAAGUCAUCAAGGAGCUUAGCACCUGGAGAGGAAGAAAUACCAAUAUCAGCAGGAGUCAACACGCUCAUUGAGAAAUUUGAAAGUAUUAGGCAACCUGUACAUAUUCUUCAAAGAAACCAGCUAAAUUUGGCUCUUAAGAUGGAACCUGGCCUGGACUCAUCCAAGCAGACGAGCUUGUGUGACUGUGACACAGCAGCUUCUGGUGGCUCUUCCACAAGUGACAAAACUGAAUUGGAUGAGGCCGAGCCCAAUGUACCGUGCAGCACGGAUCUGACUAACACAGACAUCAUGAAAAUUAAAGAGCUGAGCAUAGGUGACAACAAAAGCCAUGAAGACUGUACUGCUGUGACUGUGAGCAAAGAGCCCCAAGAAGAGCUUGGCAAUAAAGACUCAAGUGCAGAACUGAAUGGGAGUGGUAAAAUUCCCAACAGAGACAGCGGCAUUGACAGUCCUUCUUGUAGUGUGGCUGGGGAAACGUUCCCCAGUGAAGAAGGGGCAGAGCAGAGGAAGCCCAGCAUGGCUGGGAACCCAGGAGAGGUGGAACCUGACAGAAAGGGCACCAAACCUUCCUCUGUAGAGCAGAAGAGAGACUCCAUGCAGGAUGAGGACAGUGACAUUGAUGAAGGAAGCAGUGAGGAGCAAGAGAUAGCAGAAGUGCCAAAGUUAGAGUAUUUGGAUGUAAACAAGUGUACAGAGCCCCAAAAGCUUUUCAACAUCGCCAAUGAGCUGCUCCACACGGAGGAAGCGUAUGUUAAAAGACUCCAUCUCUUGGACCAGGUUUUUUGCACUAAAUUGUCUGAAGCAGGGAUUUCAUCUGAUGUGAUAACAGGCAUCUUCUCAAAUAUUUCUUCCAUCUACUGUUUCCAUGGACAAUUUCUUCUUCCUGAGCUCAAAACAAGAAUUACACAAGAAUGGAGUGUCAACCCACGGCUGGGAGAUAUCCUGCAGAAACUUGCUCCUUUUCUGAAAAUGUAUGGAGAAUAUGUAAAGAACUUUGACAGGGCCAUGGACAUAGUGAACACAUGUAUGCAGCGGUCCUCUCCCUUCAAAGAUGUUGUUCAGAAUAUACAGAAACAGGAGGUGUGUGGAAACCUGACUUUGCAGCAUCACAUGCUUGAACCAGUGCAAAGGAUUCCUCGUUAUGAGCUUCUCCUGAAGGACUACUUAAAGAAACUUCCAGAAGAAUCUCCAGACAGGAAAGAUGCUGAAAAGUCACUGGAGCUGAUAUCAACAGCAGCAAACCAUUCCAAUGCAGCCAUCCGGAAGAUGGAAAAGAUGCACAAGCUUUUGGAAGUCUAUGAGCGCCUGGGUGGUGAAGAGGAUAUUGUUAACCCGGCCAAUGAGCUCAUUAAAGAAGGACACAUUCAGAAACUUUCAGCAAAGAAUGGCACAGCACAGGAUAGGUAUUUAUUCCUGUUUAACAGCAUGGUGCUGUACUGUGUGCCAAAACUGAGGCUGAUCGGCCAGAAGUUCAGUGUCCGAGAGAAGAUGGACAUUGCAGGACUGCAGGUCCAAGAAAUUGCCAAGCAAAAUGUGGCCCAUACAUUUUCCAUAACAGGAAAAAAGAGAUCAUUGGAACUACAAGCCAGGACAGAAGAGGAGAAGAGGGAAUGGAUUCAUGUCAUUCAAGCCACAAUAGAAAAGCACAAACAGAACAGUGAGACCUUCAGAGCUUUCAAUAGCUCUUUUUCACAAGAGGAGGAGCAUCUUCCUGAUUCCUCAAUAGCCAGCACCAGCUCAGUGGAAUCAAUGCCAGGAGCAGAUGGUGGUGGUGCAUUAGGAGGGAGUGAUUCCUCUAGGAAAUCUUCCAAAUCCAAGCGAGACAAAGAGAAACAGUCUUGUAAGAGCUGCAGUGAGAGCUUUAACUCCAUCACGAAGAGGCGGCACCACUGUAAGCAGUGUGGGGCAGUGAUCUGUGCAAAAUGCUCCGAGUUUAAGCCACUUGCAGAUAACAGCCGCCACAAUCGAGUGUGUAAAGAGUGUUUCCUGCAGCUCCCAGCAAGCCCCUGCAGCCCUGGGGUGGAAGCAGUUGGGGAGCAGAAGAAAAGACUAGCUGCAGAGAAGCAAAGCAUCCUUGCGGCUGAAAACAGCCUCUUCAGCAGCUACCUCCAGUUCCUUGAGAAAGGGAAGACUUGGUACAAAGUGUGGGUGACCAUCCCCAGGAAUGAGCCUCUUGUUCUGUAUCUGCAAGGCAGCAGCCAGGAAGGACGGAGCCCACGGCCCAUCCCUCUGCCUGGCUACGAAGUCAGUUUACCAGGUUCCGGUGAGAAGUUUGAAGUGAAGAACGUUUUUAAGCUUUGCCAGUCCCAUCAAAUUCUCUAUUUCAGUGCAGAAGAUGAAGAACUGCAGAUGAAAUGGAUGGAAAUUCUCACCAAAGCUGCCAAAGGGGAGACUGAGGAUACAGCUGAAGGGCUCAGCAACCCUUAGAGCAAAUUUCAUUUAGUUUCUUUCAUACAUGCUAUAAACCAUCACUUGAAUUUGGCAUUCAUGGCACUUUGGAAUCUGUAUGGCUUUAUAUUUUCAUGUGUCUGCAUAGGAAAUUCAGUGGUUUCUCACCUUUCAUUGUACAUUUUUCACGUACAGUAGUUACCUGCCAUAUAUUAUGUUAAAGGAAAAAGUAGUUAUAGUUGGUGGUGGUGGUGUCAAUGCUGGUUUUAAAACAAAAGACAAGGAGCAAAGCAUUCAUUUUAACAGAGGUAAUGGAAUACCAUCAGUCUUUUGUUUUCCUAAAUGUAUAUUUUCCAGUCCUUUUGAUUGCUGUUGAGUGCAGGAUGUGUAUAGUCUGUGAUUAGUUCUAUAAAUGCUGCCUCUUAAGUUAAAUGUUGUAAAGGCUUGUGCUGGCCACUGACAUUCCAUUUUCUGCCUCGCCCUCCUGGUAAGGUCUUUGUGAUGUGUGAGCAAUGUACUGAGUAUUUUCUGGUUGCUAAAACCAUGUCUCUGCUAUUUUGAGAUGACCUGUUCAAAUGACAAAUACUGUAGAACGGACUUCUAAAACUGACUGCAAAUGGUGCAGAACAGAACAUUAAGAAGCCUCAUUGAUUUUAAGCAUUUAUUAUAUUGAUUGCUUUCUUCUGGAACCAAUACCUUCCUUCCUUCUAUUGGAACCCAUUUUGAUGUAAGUGAACAAACAUUUUAUACUGCAAACUGGGUUAUGAUCAAUAAACAAGAACAUUUUUAGUACACACCA